AUGGCGAAGCUCGUCGGCAACUUCAUAGAGAAGGCUCCGGCGCUGGCAACCGUUGCCUUGACCUACUCGAAGCCUCGAUUGGCCACAUUUUGGCAGUACACCAAGGUUGAGCUGGUUCCCCCAACCCCUGCUGAAAUCCCUACAGCUAUUCAGAGCAUGAAAAAAAUAAUUGAAAGUGCUAAAACUGGUAGCUUCAAACAGCUUACAGUUAAGGAAGCUGUUCUGAAUGGCUUGGUGGCCACUGAGGUGUGGAUGUGGUUUUAUGUCGGAGAGAUAAUAGGCAAACGUGGCAUUAUCGACUAUGAUGUUUGAAGACCAAUUUUUAACAUCUGGUUUU